AUGGCUAACUUAGCAGCCUGGACCGAUGAGGACCUCCGCCUGUCGGCCGUCCGAGAGAAAGGUUUCCCCGUAUGCGGUUAUCUGCGCGGAUCAUACCUUGGACAGGGUGGAUACGCCCGUGUUUACAAAGUUCUUCGUACCGCAACUGGACAAGUCUGUGCCGGAAAGACUUCUCCUGACGCAGUUAAGCAUUUGCGAAAGGAGGCACGUAUUCUGCGAGGCCUCGAUCAUCCCAAUAUUGUAAAGUAUGUCGGGUACUAUGAAGAAGAAGAUGACCCGAAAGCGAACGUCCUUGUCAUGGAGUUAAAAGCUACUCUGCAAGUGAUGAACCAAGUCUCGAAGGCUGUUGAGUAUCUCCAUAAGCGAGACCGUUUUCACGGCGACCUCAAGCCGCGAAACAUCCUCAUUCGCUCAUGGGACCCUAUUAACAUCGUCGUUGCCGAUUGCGCUGAGAGACACCACGGGCAUGCUGGAAAGAGCGACGACAUCUGGGCUCUUGGUAUCACUCUGCUGGGCAUGAUGGGACAGUGGCCUCAUUUCGUCAGAAAGGAGGAGCGACAGUAUCCUCGACUUUGUGCCACACACGCCCGCAACUUGGACAAAUUGAAUCCUGACCAUGAAAUUGCGCAGCUCCUUCUUCGUCUGCUUGAGUGGGAUUUCAAGAAGCGAAUCACCGCCACCGAGCUGGCCAACGUGACUGGCGAGCUUUUGGAGGAGCGUACCGGAAUCCUCAAGGACCAGAUGGAUUUGAAGGUCCCUGAGGGAACCCGCACUGUUGAGUUUUGGUAA